AGACAAACGGGCGACUUGGUCGCCUAGAGAGGCUCGAGAGCGUCCCUGGAUCUUCUUCCUGCGCGUAGAGGUCCUUCGCGGCAAGAGGCGGAACGUGCGAGUGAGUGGAAGUGGUCUCACGAGAGUGAAGGCAAAUCUCGCGAUUUUUUUUUUUUUUUUUUUUUUUUUUUGCCUAGCGACUGACAACAAGACAGUUGCGCCCGGUGGAAUCCCUGAAGUGGCCUGGCCUGACUUUGGAGUGAGACCUCAGCCCUAGGCUGGGGUUCUUUCCAUUUAGAGGAGACGGAUUCAGAGGGGCUACAGACCAAGAUUGUUGAAAACCAGACGUAUGAUGAGCGGCUAGAGAUUGAUGACCCUGAAGAGGUUGCAUGUAUUUAUACUCCAACCCCAAGACGUCCAGGACCUCCUCGUUCUGCCUGUCUUCCUCACAAGACUAUGGCUGAUAACAGCAGUGAUGAAUUUGAAGAGGAACAUAACAAGGUGCUAAGGGAAGGCAUGCCACAGGCUCCGGGCCACAGAGACAAAGACCUGGACCCCAUCCCACCUGCCCCUGCAAGUCUCAGCCACCACCAGAUCCCUUGUCAUGGAUUUGAGAGGGUGGGAUGGUACCUAGAGAGCCAGAAGCUCAGAAAGGAGAAGAAGAAACCCUCGCAGUUGACACCUCAGUGGGGCUUUAGUGAAAAUGAUGACGAUGAUGACGACGAUGAUGACUCAUCUGAGACUGAUUCUGAUGAGGAUGAUGAUGAUGAGCAUGGAUCCCCGCUGCAAGGAGCCUAUGAUCCUGCAGAUUAUGAGCAUUUGCCAGUUUCUGCUGAGAUUAAGGAACUCUUCCAGUACAUCAGUAGGUACACACCUCAGAUGAUUGACCUGGACCACAAACUGAAGCCUUUUAUUCCUGACUUCAUCCCAGCUGUUGGAGAUAUUGAUGCAUUCUUAAAGGUCCCACAUCCUGAUGGAAAACCUGACAACCUUGGCCUGUUGGUAUUGGAUGAACCUUCUGCAAAGCAGUCGGACCCUACAGUGCUCUCACUCUGGUUAACAGAGAAUUCCAAGCAGCACAAUGUCACGCAACAUAUGAAAGUAAAGAGCCUGGAAGAUGCAGAAAAGAAUCCCAAAGCUAUUGACACAUGGAUUGAGAGCAUCUCUGAGUUACACCGUUCCAAGCCUCCUGCGACUGUACACUACACUAGGCCCAUGCCUGACAUUGACAUGCUGAUGCAGGAAUGGUCCCCAGAGUUUGAAGAGCUUUUGGGCAAGGUGAGCCUGCCCACGGCGGAGAUUGAUUGCAGCCUGGCAGAAUAUAUUGACAUGAUCUGUGCCAUCCUGGACAUCCCUGUCUACAAGAGUCGGAUCCAGUCCCUCCACCUGCUCUUUUCCCUCUACUCAGAGUUCAAGAACUCACAGCAUUUUAAAGCUCUCGCUGAAGGCAAGAAAGCUUUCACCCCUCCAUCCAACUCUGCCUCCCAGGCUGGAGACGCAGAGACAUUGAUCUUCCACUGAGACACCUCUCAAGUGCUGUGUCAAGGCUGAGCUGGCUUCCCUACCCUAGCCGAGACGGAGAGAUUGUUAUCAGCCACCUGGUGUUUGCCUGGGCCACAGCGUGUCUCAAGGGCAGCGCGUGUCCUGCGAUCCUCUCUGCCAGAAAGCACUGCACAUGUUGGUUAAACAGCCCUGCCCAUUUGCCUUCUAGGAGUUAUACAUCUACACCACUGUGGGGACUUGAGUUAGCACAACUGGAAUUGCUGAGCACCCUUGCUUGGGUUGGGAAGAAAGCUUUAAAAAUGUCCUUUUUAGGAGAUAGAUGGAAUUAUUUUCUUUCUCUUAAAGUUGGUGGACAAGGAUUUUACAAAU